CUGUAAUAUCACAAGCAGAUUGUAUCACAUGUGAAGGGCUGUACCAUAAACACGCUUUAUUAAUUGUCCCUCUGACGUUAGCCAGCAAUGUCAUUCAUCAUGAUGAAGAAAAAGAAAUUUAAAUUUAAAGUGGAUUUUGAGUUGGACGAACUGUCCUCUGUUCCCUUUGUCAACGGCGUCCUGUUUUGCAAAGUCAGACUAAUCGACGGGGGUUUCACAGAAGAGUCGUCAAGGCAGGCGGUUCAGGCCAACUGUGUUCAUUGGAGGAAAAAGUUCUCCUUCCUGUGCAAAAUGAGUGCCAAUGCAGGGACUGGUGUGCUGGACCCGUGUGUGUGUAGAGUCUCCGUGCGUAAGGAGCUGAAAGGCGGGAAGACAUUUGCUAAGCUUGGGUUCGCUGACCUGAAUCUGGCUGAGUUUGCUGGCUCAGGGAACACCACCCGUCGCUGCUUGCUGGAGGGCUAUGACACCAAGAACACUCGGCAGGACAACUCCAUCCUCAAGGUGGUUAUCAGUAUGCAGCUGAUGUCAGGAGACCCCUGCUUCAAAACGGCUCCAUCCACUGCCAUGACCAUAGGGAUCCAACGAGAAGCGGAACACUUGCUGGAGUCCCGCAAAGGGGAGACGUCCAAGUCAUGCCCUGCCAUAGCAGGAGAGCACUCCAGGACGUGUGGCUCUUUUCCUGAAGAACUGGGGGGAGGUGGCCACUCCAGAACGUCAAGUUACGCCAGCCAGCAGUCAAAAGUCUCAGGUGAACCACAGCUCACCCAAAAUACAUCACUGAUUCAUCAUGGCUACAGCACAGGUCACUCACGCUCCUCCAGCCUAUCGGAGCUCACCCACAGAAGAAACCCAUCAGUGGGCAGUGCCUCCACUGGUGUGGGCAGCAUGCCAGAGACCAGUGAGGAGCGGGAGUCUAAAUCGGUGCCCCCCACUUCAGCUGCUUGUGCCUCCGUGCCAGAGUACCCAGGCACCCCGCAAAAGAGUGCCUCUACUGAGAGGCUUCACAGGCAUCCAGUGAAGCAGGACUCAGUGGAGUCCCAGCUGAAGCGGUUCGAUGCCACCAGGGUGGACGCCGAUGACAUUGUGGAGAAGAUCCUCCAGAGUCAAGACUUCAGCCACGGCCUACUGGACUCCAGUGCUGAAGAGGAAGGUCUCCGGCUGUUUGUGGGCCCCGGCGGCAGCACGGCCCUUGGCAGCCAGCACACCAGGGUCGGCGUGGGUGCUUAUGAACAGGUGGUCAUCAAGCGCUAGGCCCUAAGACCGAGCGAGGGCAGUAACAGAAUACAGUGCUACUUUCUGAGCUCAGGCUGGGAGACAGACAGACCGAAACACAGACAGACAGGCAGACAUGGCCACCUUGAGCCCCACGGAGCUGCAAUGUAUCACUCCACCUCCAGCAGAAGGCACUGUGGAGAGCUGGCUGAGGACAUUCACAGUGUCUGCUCUCCACUUAAGCUGAGACCUGAAGUUGGCCCUGUGCUGUUCAUUCAGUUGCUGGUUCAGACAGAAUCCAUGGUAAGAUAGGAUCACAGAAACCCACCACAUUGAUGCAGAACAGCGGAUGUUAAGAUACCAUUGCACUCUCCUCAUCUCGAUUCACUACUUUACUGGGGACUAUAUCCAAAGAUUGGUGAAAUAUUCAUCAUUAACUAGGAUAAAAUAAAGAGUUGCAUCUUUGUCACAGUUGUAUGUGUAUAUGUAAAGAAAGUACCUGUCUGUCAAAACAGAGGGGAAAAAAAAAAGAUAUCAAAUGGAGAGUUGGAUUUUAAAACCAUGAUUGCUGCUAAAUUAGUAAUUGCCUCUAUCCACAAUGUCAAUGGGGUUUUGUUUUGUUUAACAGUGAGGGUGGCGAAGUAGAGCUUACCACACAAUAACAUAUUAACAUUGCCUUCCACGGACAUGGUCAUGGUUACAAUAUCAUAUGAUUUACUGACAUUUAGGGAAGGGUAAGGGCCCAUGAUAAGCUACAAAGAAUGUAAUAAAUCAGCAUUACAUUAACAUUACAUUGCAACAGAAAGUAAUAUUUUUAGGUUAUGAAUACAAGUUGGCGUCUAACCAGGGAGAGGGAAUGAGGAAGGGAUCGAUCGGAUGGAUUACAAACCUCAUCAUUGGGGUGAAGGAGUCCUAACUUGCUGGCCCAGAUUUACCAUUAGCUGUAAAUCUGUGAGUUAGUAUUGAAUUGGGGAGCUGAUGUCCAUCGUACUAUGUCAGAGGCAUCUGAACUCCAUAAAGUGUUUCUGCAGGAAACUUAUAAUAACAUUAAAACAAUAUAGUAAAGUAGAGGAGACAUAAUGGUUGCCAAAUGCAGUAAUUCAAUUUAGUCUGUCUACGUACUAGAAUAGAGUUAUCUAAGUGUAGCUCUGGGGAGGAAAAUAAUUUCACCAUCUAAGCAUAUCUUAAUGAGUGGACUGUAAAUCAGAUUCUUUAUUUUUCAGCGUAUUUUCAUACAGUAGUAAAAGACUCUUGGCUCAAACAUUUAUGCUGGUCAUAAAUACACAUGUUGUCAAAGCAGAUGACGAGACAGAGGUGAUACUUUUAUUUAUUUUUUCAGCUGAUAAAUACAGUUUAACAAUGUCAAAAAAAGCUGACUUGCAAGUUUGUGGUAAAGCCAUUUGUUGAGAACAGCAUUUUGUGCUCCAUAAUGUGGUUAAUUUAAUGUCUGUAAAUGCCAUUUUCUGUCUUGCUGAGAUUCAGUAUUUCAGUCUUGUCUUGUUAAAUGCUGUUUUUUCUGCUUUGUUUAAUAAUAAUUCAAAUAUUUGUUGUUAAAUUAUUUAUUUAAAUGUUUAUUUGUUAAUGGAAGGAAGGACUGCCCAGUGUGCACUGUGGAAAGGCAAGCAAUUCUGUCUUGUGAAACAUAAAUGUGCACUGUGUUUCUAAGCCUGCAUGUGUUCACUGCAUAUACCUGUACCAAUAUAUACUUGUUAAUGAAAAAAAAUGUAUAUUUUGUUUGCCAGAUGCUUUAUGGUGACUUAAUUAUAAGACACGCUCUUUGAUUUUUGCGUUGCUCUGAAUGUAAUGUAAACGUGCCAGCUGAUUGCAUUGGUCACUUCAUUUUGUUUUGUAUUCAUUUCCUACAUUGGUUCCUUGUUUUAGUGUCAUAGUAAUGUUUUAAGUGCCUGUUUCACUGGGUUAUAAAUAACCAUCAGACACGUUACUUUUCUUUUGUCUGAAUUCUUGUUUAACUGCAAACAAUGUAUAAUGUUUGAAGAAUGGUUUAGAAAUAAAAAGUAUCCAAAAACAAA